UCAUGCGCUGGAUAUUGAACCAGAUCAAGUACUACUAAGACAAACUUGAGAGAGAGAGAGAGAGAGAGAGAGAGAGAGAGAGAGAUGGCUGCCGGAGAAAAAGAUACAGUUUGUGUAACAGGCGGAACGGGAUAUGUAGCAUCCUGGCUGAUCAUGAGGCUUCUGCAGAAUGGUUUCUCCGUCCGAGCCACUGUUAGAUCCGACCCAGAAUGCAAGAAAGACAUCAGCUACCUCACAAAACUGCCAGAGGCAAUAAAGAAGCUCCAGAUUUUCCAUGCUGAUCUCAACCAACCGGACAGUUUUAUCACGGCCAUUGAAGGAUGCAUUGGAGUCUUUCAUCUAGCCCAUCCCAUGGAUAUUAAUGGCAAAGAGCCGGAGAAAACUGUGACCAAACGGGCCUUGGAAGGAACGCUAGGGAUCUUAAAGGCAUGCCUUAAUUCGAAGACUGUGAAACGAGUCAUUUACACUUCUAGUGCAGCCACAGUACUGUACAACGACAAGGGCCUAAGUGUAAGCGAUGAGAGUACAUGGAGCAACCUUGAUACUUGUAAAAAUAGCAAGCUUGUAAAUCCUUCUUACUUGGUUUCCAAGACCAUAACUGAGAGGACAGCCCUAGAGUUUGCAGAAAAAAAUGGAUUGGAUCUUGUAACAUUGGUUCUUCCCCUAGUUGUGGGACCUUUCAUUUGUCCAACUAUUCCGUCCUCUGUCUCCAUGGCACUCGCUAUGAUCUUCAGCGACCAGGUCGACCAAUAUGAAUACCUUAUUUACUCGUAUAUGGUGCACAUAGAUGAUGUAGCUGGUGCACACAUGUUCCUUCUUGAACAUCCUAAUGCUAAAGGGAGGUACAUCUGUUCAUCAGUCGAAAGAAGCAUCCAUCAAUUGUAUGAAUUUCUUUCUUCAAGAUACCCGAGAUUUCAACUACCCAGAAUGGAAAUCUUCAAUGGAGUUACAAGUUACAGGCAUUCAAGCCUCUCAUCGCAGAAGCUUUUGGAUACUGGCUUUAAGUUUAAGUACGGUCUUGCUGAAAUGUUUGAUGGAGCCAUCCAAUGCUGCAAGGAGAGGAGUUUUCUUUAGGUCGUGCAUGUUUAUCGUAAGUGAACCGUGCAUGAUAAUUACACUUGCUGACAAACUGUUGUUAAUUUGACUUUACACACAUGUACUUAUACAGCUGCUUAAUUACUUCCAUUGGUUCUUGGAAAGGGUAAAUAAAAAGGUCAAAAAGGAAAUUGCAACUUUAAUUUAAGACGCUGGAUAUACCCCCAUAUAUAAUAUUGUAUUCAAUUCAAAA